GCGCUCCGCCAGCCCUCUUAAUCUAUAUGUAAUCUGUCGGGUUUGCAACCCAUCUUUCCUUCAUAAUUCCAUCUUCCUCUCUUCUUCCUUAACCACAUCACUCAUAUACAAUCAAUAUGUCCGCUCCUACAGGUGAUAUCGGCCUCAUCGGUCUCGCCGUCAUGGGUCAAAAUCUGAUCCUCAACAUGAACGACAAAGGCUUUACCGUUGUUGCUUACAACCGUACUACCAGCAAAGUCGAUGAUUUCCUCGCCAACGAGGCAAAAGGCACCAAUGUCCAGGGCGCGCACUCCAUUCAGGAGCUCUGCGCCAAACUCAAGCGCCCUCGCAAGAUCAUCCUUCUUGUAAAGGCCGGUCCUGCCGUCGACAGCUUCAUUCAGCAACUCGAGCCCUACUUAGAGAAGGGCGAUAUCAUCAUCGAUGGUGGUAACUCCCACUACCCUGAUUCCAUCCGCCGCACACAGGAGCUUGAAGCCAAGGGCCUCCUUUUCGUCGGCUCUGGUGUCUCUGGCGGUGAGGAGGGUGCCCGUCAUGGUCCCUCACUCAUGCCUGGUGGUUCAACCGCUGCCUGGCCCGCCAUUAAGCAGAUCUUCCAGAAAACCGCUGCUCAGGUCAACGGUGAACCCUGCUGUGACUGGGUAGGCGAGACUGGUUCUGGUCACUACGUCAAGAUGGUUCACAAUGGUAUCGAAUACGGUGACAUGCAGCUGAUCGCUGAGGCCUAUGACAUCCUCAAACGUGGCCUUGGUAUCCACGAGAGCGAGAUUGCUGAUAUCUUCACCACCUGGAACAAGGGUGUCCUUGACUCCUUCCUCAUCGAGAUUACUGCCAACAUUCUCAAAUUCAAUGACGACGACGGUGUUCCCCUCGUUACCAAAAUCCUUGACAAGGCUGGUCAGAAGGGUACCGGAAAAUGGACAGCCAUUGCCGCCCUUGACGCUGGCACUGCCGUUACGCUCAUCGGUGAGGCUGUGUUCGCACGUUGCUUGUCUGCUAUCAAGGAUGAGCGCGUGCGCGCCAGCAAAGUCAUCAAUGGCCCCCAAAAGGAACCCUUCCGCGGCGACAAGCAACAGUUCAUUGAUGACCUUGAACAGGCGUUGUAUGCCUCCAAGAUCAUUUCUUACACUCAGGGCUUCAUGCUCAUGAGGGAGACUGCUAAGGAGUUGAGCUGGAACUUGAACUACGCUGGUAUCGCCCGUAUGUGGCGAGGUGGAUGCAUCAUCAAGAGUGUGUUCCUUGGUGACAUCACUUCCGCUUACGAGAAGAAAGAGGACCUCGAGUCUCUGCUCUUCGAUGACUUCUUCAACAAGGCUGUCCACAAAGCACAACCUGGCUGGAGGCGUGUCAUCGCUCAGGCCGUCCUUUGGGGCAUUCCCACCCCCGCUUUCUCGACUGCCCUUGCCUUCUUCGAUGGUUACAGGAGCGAAGUUGUCCCCGCCAACCUCCUCCAGGCUCAGCGUGAUUACUUUGGUGCACACACCUUCCGUGUGGUGUCCGGGAAGGAGAACCCCCGCCUACCCCAAGGCCAGGACAUCCACAUUAACUGGACUGGCCGUGGAGGCAAUGUCUCUGCCAGCUCGUACUCUGCUUAAAGGUGUACAUGAAACACCAACCUUGCCCUGUCUUAAUAGAUUUUAUUCUGCAUUGCUUUUUGUAUGCAACUGUAUUUCGGGUGCACUAUUAGUAUGAUACGUAACGUGUUGUGGGAGUAGCAAAAUAAAUCAAUGACUGACCCUUCAUGAUUUUGGCA